AUGUGUGCCUUCGCACUUGGUUAUCUGUUGUUCGGUCGAUCGUUGUGUAGAAAGUUGGGACGAUAUGGGCAUAUUAAGCCUGACGAAUAUGGCUGGGUUGCCAUGGAUAAUGGUUUCUUUUCACACAUUCACACCGACAUCACUGCGGAUCGCCACCCAUUUGACGAAGAACUUGCCUUCUCAUCCCAAGCUGUGACCAAUACCAUCUUCGCAUGGAAAUACCAUUUAUCUUAUGAUAAGGGUUUGAGAAUGAUAAGGAUGAUGAGACUUAGAUCGAUCAUUGACUCAAUCAAUAUGUCGACAACGUUUAUUUGCAGCCAAAUAAAAUGGUUUUUUUUCUCUGAUUUCUAUCGUCGGCAUCAUUAUUGCUUCAAAUAA